AUGUUUGGUCUUGAAAGUUCAAAGUUUGCCAAAACACCAAUGGGAACUGCUGUGAAGUUAUCCAAAGAUGAAAAUGGUGUCAAAGUUGAUCCUACACUAGAAGGAACAAUGGUGAAAACUCAUGGAGCUUCCUCAAAGAAGACCCCUGUUUCUCAAUCCAGAAUGGUGCCCUCUCCAUCGCCUCCUCCAUUUGUGUCAACGACGCCUCCAUCUGCUCCAGCACCAGCGACAUCUGUUGGGAAAACUCCCAAAUCCAAGGUGCGUAAGAAGGUGUUCUCCCUCUCUACUGAACACCCAAUGGUGGCAAAAUCCAAAUCUGUUUCAUCCUCUUCGAAAGCUGCUGCUGCUGGGUUACUCAAGCUACCCAUGAAGCCGAGCCAGUCCAAGAAAAACUCUGUGACUCCCAAAAGGAAAUUGGGAUUGGACUUGUCUUCAUCUCCUUUGACUGCUGCCAAGAAAAGAUUGAAGGCUCAUCCCCCUUCUCUGUCUUCCUCUGAAUCUGACCUUGAGGAAGCGAAAUCUGAGUCUGAAGCAACCCAUGAUACUAGCUUAUCUGAUGAGUCUGUUCUUGAAAAUGCUGAAUCAGAAGCUGAGUCUGAUGAGCAAGAACAAGAAAACAUUGUCCCCUCUAAAGAAGAAGCCGAAUCUGACACAGAGCCAGUUGCAACUCCAUUGUCAUCCAAGGCUAAAGGCAAGAGACCUAUUUCUGAUUCUACACCAUCUCCAAAACUCUCAGGUGUAAAUUUCAAACCUUAUUAUUCUACUUUUUGUUAUAAUGACAAUGCCCAUGAUAUGGUUCUCUAUGCUGAAAGGAAAUUUCUCAUUGAGAGAAAUUAUGUCUUGAGUGAUCAUCGACCUUAUGGUGUGCUAACAAUGCUUCAAGAUAAAAAAUGGACAGGUUCUUUGGUUAAAUUUACUUUUUUUGUGGAUAGAAUAGUCAAGGAAUUCUAUGCCAAUCUUACUAAUGAAAUUAUUGAACCUAAAUCUCCUCUGUAUUGUAAAGUGUAUGUUAGGGGCCAUUGGUUCUCUUUUUCUCCACAAGAUAUUGCCCAUGCUUUGCAUCUUCCUCUUGAUAUUGAGGAUGAUGAUGAUCUUGCCUCUCUUGACAAGGAUGCGGUUAUCACUGAAUUAGUAGGGAAAAAAAUUGUAUGGCCAUCUAAUACAGUGAUCUCAGUCACUAAUCUCACCUACACUUAUGCUGUUCUCCAUAAGUUUGCCACAACGAAUUGGAAACCAACUUCUUACACCGCAACUAUCUCAUUUGACAUGGCUUCCUUUUUGUACAAAGUGGGGACCAGAAUUGGUAUAAACUUGGCUAUGUUUAUAUAUGAUCAAAUCAUUGGAUUUAGAAAAGAUAAUAGGAGAAACUUGAAUCUUCCUUUUCCUCAAGUUAUUUAUAAAGUGUUGAGUAUCCAAAAAAAAGAUCUCCAGCGUGAUCAAGAAGACUUGGUGGCUCCCACUACUGCUGCUUCCUACAAAGCCUCUGCUCCAACUAUUGAAGCCACUGAUGUUCCAUCAACCAAGAAAGCCAAGUCUCAAUCUCUGAAGUUUGCCUUGGAUGACAUUCCUCUUAAUCCUCCUUUGUUCCCAUAG